AUGCACCACCCAAGUUACUACCCCGGACAAGGAAACAGCGGCGUGUCGCCCUUCUCUUCAUCGCCACAUCCAGGUAAUGCCAGCAUGUAUGAGGAUGAUAUUCUCAGCCAGAGAGCCCGUGCCUUCCCUCUGUCUCACGGACUCAUGCCGGCGCCACAGUUUUCUCCAUUUGCCUUCUCCAUGCACCACGACCCGAUGUCGCUGGCAGUGAGCCAAGGGCAGCAAUUCAGUGGCUACCACCACCUGGGAGGACCCGAACACAAGCGGGUACUGACGGGGUCACAAGCGGACGCCCCGGACAAGAACAUCAAGGUGGCCUUGGAUAACCGAGAUCUGUGGGCAAAGUUCCACUCUCUUGGCACCGAGAUGAUCAUUACCAAGACCGGCAGACGGAUGUUCCCAACAAUGAAAGUGACCAUAGACGGACUGGACCCACACGCCAAAUAUAUGCUGCUAGUAGACAUUGUGCCGGUGGAUGACUGCCGGUACAAGUACCACAACUCGGAGUGGGUGGUGACCGGCAAGGCAGAGCCCCACAUGCCGGGCCGCCUUUACAUCCACCCGGAUUCUCCGGCGUCUGGCGGACACUGGAUGAAGCAGCCCGUUACAUUCCACAAACUGAAGUUGACCAAUAAUAAUCUUGACCAGAAUGGACAUAUCAUACUGAACUCCAUGCACAAAUACCAACCGCGUCUUCACGUGGUGCAGGCCAACGACAUUUUCGCCAUGAGAUGGAACAAAUUCAACACUUACUCUUUUGAGGAGACCACCUUCAUUGCUGUCACCGCUUACCAGAACGAGCAGAUCACACAGUUAAAGAUUGACCAUAAUCCUUUCGCCAAGGGAUUCAGAGACAACGGUUUAGGAAGAAAUCACGCAAAUGGGCUCUCAUUAAGAUGGUUGGAGCCUUUCUCUUUUGGGUUAUUGCAGGACGGGAAUGCAAGAAAAAAA